ACUUUUUCCUCGACCUACUCCUUCACCUGCAGCAUCCAAAAUGCCUCUCCUCUUGUUAUAAUUGCUGAGGGUAGCAUCCGUUACCCUCACUACCGCGUUUCCCGCUUUCGACUCGCUGCUUUCGGUGCUAGAAGAUACCCUCUAGACGCAACAUCGCUCCAUUUUUUCUGCAUAGAUAUUCACUACCUAGAUUUUUAGACGCAUUUAGAGGCAUUUUAACGUCUACUGUCAUGACCAAACCUACUGCGCCGACGUCCAACCUCCCACCGCUGGCACGGCUGUCGCGCUAUUCUACCGACGACAUCGAGCAAGCCAUCCAGAACCUCCAAGCAAUCUAUUCCCCUCGCACGCUCCCUACCCUUCCCGGGCCGACAAAAGUAUUUCCGAAGCACCUCAUUCACGACGCUUCUGUGCCCGAUUCCGGUUACGCCUCCGCCGAAGAAGACUCGGAUCUCUCGGGCGCUGCUUCAGAGGAUGGAGAUACCUUUGACCUAGACGCGCUGCGCGAAGACCCUUUCGAGCGCGACUUUACAGUGCGCUGGCUCACCACUUUCGUUGCGCGCUCCGACACCUGGACGUAUGCCUUGCCGGACGAAGAAGAUGCGCGCACGGCGCUCGUGGACGCCGCCGCAUCGCUGCUCGCAUCGUUCACAGGAGCGGAGGACGACGAAGAGGACGCCCCGGAUGCUGGCCUCACACGCACAUUCUCUUUCCCGUCGCCUGCCGGCACCGUGCACGUCAAGCUGAAUGACGCACCGCUUUCGAGCACGGACCACACGUCCGUCGGCCUGCAGAGCUGGGGUAGUGCCAUCGUCUUCGCCGAGCGCAUGUGCGCCGCGCCUGCAUUGUUUGGACUUUGCCCUAGGACACUCCGAGUCCUCGAACUUGGCGCGGGCACGGGCCUCCUCGGUCUUGCGGCUGCCAAGCUCUGUCCGGACGCCGAGGUCGUCGCGACGGACUACCAUCCAUCCGUGCUUGCGAACCUGCGCGUAAACAUUGUGACCAACUUCCCCCCUACAUCGCCGUCAUCGGCUGUGGCCGCACGCGUGGACGUGCACGCACUGGACUGGCAGGAUCCGAGGUACGACGAACCGCUAGACGCACCAUUCGACGUCGUCCUCGCCGCGGACGUCAUCUACCACCCCGAUCACGCCCGCUGGAUCAAAGGCUGCGUUGAGCGGCUUCUCCGCGAGAACGGGGUGUUCUGGCUCAUCAUACCCCUGCGCUCGACGGGCCGCCACGAGGGAAUGGGGAACACUGUUGAGGCGGUCUUCCAGAGCAGUACUACUGUGCAGGGAAAGGGGUUGGUGAUCUUCAGCAAGGAGAGCAUUGCGAAGCAUGGAGGGAUUGGGAGGGCGGACGAGAGCGGGUACACACUCUUCAGGAUAGGGUGGGCCGCAUAGACGUAUGUAUUCAUACCGCAAAGACUUGGUAAUUGGGCAUUUGGGGCUGUAUUUGCCAACUUCAUCUUUCAUUUUAGGGGCGUACAGUGAUUCUCUGUAUAAGAUGAAUUCCUGUCCUGCCCGCGUCGUUUACGACUGCAACGGUCGUCUGUAUGGUAAAGCAUGGUCCUAGGACGUGAACCGUAUCUUCUUGCCUCGGAUGUUUUUCUGUUUAAAUGAAACAUAGUUGUAUAAACUCGU